AGCCCUCGAGCGGUUUACGCGUUGGACUCCCCCCCUCUCACCUCGCCGCCGCCUCCUCCAUCCAUCCAAUCUCCCACCCCCCUCUAAACCCGCACGCGAAGCCUAGGGUUUCCUCCACCUCCAAACCCCCCCACCACCCUCCCUUCCUCCGAUCGAUCCGCCUCCGAGGGGCAUCGGCGUCGGCGGCGGCGGCGGCGGAGGCGAGCUUGCUGUUGUUGUUGUGUGGGAUGGCGGGGUACCCGGAGGAGAACCAGCACGGGAUGAACGGGUACGAGGAGGAGGAGGAGGUGGAGGAGGUGGAGGGGUUCGACGAGGAGGGUCGACCCGGUAGACGGGGCGGCGGCGGUCGGGAUGGGGGCGAUGGCGGCGCGUAUGGCGACGCCAGCGGGGACGACGGGAGGGCGCCCGGCGGGGACUCGUCGGGGAAGAUUUUCGUCGGAGGCGUUGCUUGGGAGACAACCGAAGAAUCAUUCUCCAAGCAUUUUGAGAAGUAUGGGGCUAUAACUGAUUCUGUAAUUAUGAAGGACAAGCAUACUAAGAUGCCUCGUGGAUUUGGAUUUGUUACAUUUUCCGAUCCAUCUGUUAUAGACAAGGUUUUGGAGGAUGAGCACGUUAUAGAUGGAAGAACGGUUGAAGUUAAAAGGACAGUCCCAAGGGAAGAAAUGUCAUCAAAAGAUGGUCCAAAGACAAGGAAAAUCUUUGUUGGUGGAUUACCUUCAUCACUAACUGAAGAUGAGUUGAGGGAGCACUUCUCCCCAUAUGGUAAGAUUGUUGAACAUCAAAUAAUGCUUGAUCAUAGCACUGGGCGUUCUAGAGGAUUUGGUUUUGUCACUUUUGAAAGUGAGGAUUCUGUGGAAAGGGUUAUAUCAGAGGGAAGAAUGCGUGACCUUGGUGGAAAGCAGGUUGAAAUAAAGAAGGCUGAGCCAAAGAAACAUGGUGGUGAUCACAGUAGUAAUGGGAGAUCUAGUCAUGGGAGCGGGGGUGGUUACCGCAGUUCAUACCGUAGUGGUGGAGCUGCUGCUUCUGGUGGUGGAGGCGGAGGUGGUGGUGGCGGCAGUGGCAGCAGUGGUGGCUAUGGGUAUGGUGCUGGUUACCGAUCAGCUGGAGGAGGUUAUUAUGAUAGUACUGCAUAUGGUUAUGGCAGAGGAGGGUAUGGCUAUGGAGGUAAUGCUGGAUUUGGAUCAGGAUAUGGUGGUGGUUAUGGUGGCUCCUUGUAUGGAGGUGCCUAUGGUGCUUAUGGGGCAUAUGGUGGUGGUGCCUAUGGAGGGGGUGCCUAUGGCGGAGGUGCUUAUGGUGGUGGUGCCUAUGGUGGCGCUCCGGGUGCCUAUGGUGGUGCUGGAGGAUAUGGCAGUUAUGGUGGAGCUGGAGCAGGAGGUGCUGGUGGGCGGGGUUCCAGCAGGUACCAUCCAUAUGGGAAAUGAGUGAACUCAUGAGAGUUUUUUCUAGGAUACAAUAAGUGCACCUCCUGGAAAAUCAGCGUUUUAUCUUGGGUUACUCAAUCAGCGGCACCAGAACAUUUAUUUAGUUUCAUCAAAUUAUCUCGUAACUGGACCAACUGUGUAAUUUUAGUCGCUGAACCCAUCCGUAGUCUGCUGUAGAAGCUACACAUGAAAGCUAUGUUGUAUUCCGUUAGUUUUCAUAUGCUGAGAGAAUUAGAACCCUCAAACAAAGCCUUUUGUGUUAGGAACAGUAUUGGUAUGAUUGACCUAUUAUAUUUUGUGCGGUAGUGACAUUGCCUUCGCAAGCAGCUAACUGUUGCCAUCUGCCCUUAUAUGUAAGGGAACCGUUAACGGAUUUGCUUAAAUCUUCUAAUUUGACUGUUUUUAUUGACCUUGCUGCUA